UUCAAACUCUCUCGUUCAGAGCAUAGGCCUAGGACGAUGAAUUUCGCGAAGAUACAUGUAUGGAUCGUGCUUGCAAUUGAUUUGUUACUGCCGAGAACUGAUGGAGAGAGGCUUUGUUCGUGUUAUAGCUUUAAUAACAAGUCAAGUGGUAUGGCGUGGCCACAAGCAAAUGGUAUCUGUAAACACCACAACAAAACCCUUGUGGUGAUGGAAACAGAGCAGGAAUGGGAAUUUAUCAAAAAUGCGAUUCAAAAUCGAGUAGGCAGUAAAUAUGGUGAAUGGUUUAUUGGUUUGGUGAAAGAUAUGACAACAAAGAAUUGGACUUGGAUCAAUGGCAAACCUCUGACUAUUGACAAAUGGGAGGGGUCAAAUCCUGACCCAGCUGACCAUUACGGGAUAAUUCAUGAGGAACUUCCAUCUGGAAUUAAAGGAUCUUUUAGCACUGUUAAAGAAAACGUACAAAGAGGAUGGAUUUGCGAGAAAGAAUCAGGUAUUGAUCAGGACUAG